UAUGUGUAUUAGUGUCCACAUGUGCAGUGUGGUUAACUGGAUCUAAAAUGUAUAUUAUUUUGUUUUGUUUUCCAGAUGACAGAAGUCAAACUAUACUUCCCUUAGUGAAAUCAUUUUGUGAAAAAUCUUUCAAAGCAGAUGAAUCAAUUCUUAUUUCUUUAUCUUUCUAUUUAGGAAAACUGUGCCAUGGACUAUAUGGAAUUUUUACUCCAGAUCAACACUUGAGAUUUUUGGAGUUUUAUAAGAAACUUUGUACAUUGGGUUUGCAACAAGAAAAUGGACACAAUGAAAACCAGAUUCCCCCCCAAAUCCUAGAGCAGGAGAAGAAAUAUAUUUCAGUACGGAAGAACUGUGCUUAUAACUUUCCGGCCAUGAUUGUUUUCGUUGAUCCUAAAAACUUCCACAUGGAACUGUAUCCUACAUUCUUCUGCCUUUGUCAUGACCCUGAAGUACCCGUCAGAAACACUAUUGCUAUUUGCUUUUAUGAAGUGUCUAAACUUCUGAAUUCUGGAGUAUAUUUAAUACAUAAAGAAUUAAUUACAUUAUUACAAGAUGAAUCACUGGAGGUACUAGAUGCUCUUAUAGAUCAUCUUCCAGAAAUCUUGGAACUUAUGUCUACUGGCGGAGAAAGCAGUGUUCAAGAAAAUAAGUUGUCCUCACUACCUGAAUUGAUUCCAGCACUCACAGCCGCUGAACAGCGAGCUGCAGGCUCUUUGAAAUGGAGAACUCAUGAAAAGCUACUACAGAAAUACGCUUGUCUGCCACAUGUCAUAUCAAGUGAUCAGAUUUAUUAUCGUUUCUUACAAAGAAUGUUCACGAUUGUGAUGACAAAUAAUGUCUUACCUGUCCAAAAGGCAGCUUCACGAACUCUAUGCAUUUUUCUACGUUAUAAUCGUAAACAAGAACAGAGACAUGAGGUCAUUCAAAAAUUAAUUGAACAACUGGGACAAGGAAAAAGUUAUUGGAAUAGACUUCGAUUUUUGGAUACCUGUGAAUUUAUUAUAGAGAUCUUUUCCAAAUCAUUUUUCUGUAAAUAUUUCUUUCUACCUGCUAUUGAACUGACACAUGAUCCAGUAGCAAAUGUGAGAAUGAAACUUUGCUACCUAUUGCCCAAGGUGAAAUCUACCCUGAAGAUUCCUGCAGAUAAGCAUCUACUUCAGCAGUUAGAAAUGUGUGUGAGAAAACUCCUAUGUCAAGAAAAAGAUAAAGAUGUUCUGGCUAUUGUAAAAAGGACUGUAUUAGAGUUGGACAGAAUGGAAAUGUCUAUGGAUGCUUUUCAGAAAAAGUUUUAUGAAAAAGAUCUGUUGGAUCAAGAGAAAGAAAGAGAAGAACUACUUCUUUUGGAAAUGGAACAAUUAGAGAAAGAGAAGCAACAGAAUGAUGAAAGACCCAUGAGUGAUAAAAUCUUUGAAAAGAAACGUAGAGACACUAAGACACCAACGCAAAGUCUUCCCAAGAACAUCCCCAUUUCUGUUCCUGGACCCUCUUCUGUCACCCCAUCAACAAGCAAAGAAAUCAAGAAAUCUAAACUGAUUCGAAGCCAGUCUUUUAAUAAUCAAGCUUUUCAUGCAAAAUACGGCAACUUAGAGAAAUGUGCUAGUAAAAGUUCUACAGCAGGAUAUUCACCUUCUGCCUCAGGGUUAGCAAAGACUUCUGUGCUUUCACUAACUGAUGACUCAUUCCGGACUCGUAAUGCCAGUAGUGUUACAAGUUCCUAUUCUAAUAGCCCCUUACCAAGUACCUCCCGUGGGACAGGUAACUCAGUUGAUCCGAAGAGCAGUGGAAGUAAAGAUACACAACCACGGAAGGCUACCUUAAAAUCCAGAAAAUCCAAUCCUUAAAUCAACUGCUUGAUGAAGGAGGCAAAACAAAGACAGCCGGAGAUAAUGUGAUUGGUGGAAAAAAGCUAAAGCAAUGGCUGAGACCUUUUAUUUUUUAGUUUUUUUUUUUUUUUCAAUGAAUGGGAAAAGAGACAUAAUUGCAGCUGAUGUUAAACUUUCCACAUUUGAAAUUAGAUUCCCUAGGUGGUAUAAUAUAUAUUUCUUGAGUAAUAAUGUUGUUACAGAAUUCCAAUGUUAUAGUGAAGUGUAAUGAAAAACAAAUUUAGGUAUAUGCUUUAACUACUGCUGCAAAAGAGACAAAUCUGCCUUUGUGCAGGAAACCAGCUAAAUUAUCCUAGAGUUUUCACAUUUAAAAAUUGUAUGAGAAUACAAAUCAGCUGAAAUUGCCCUAGUUAGAUAAUCACUUGGAGGGGGACUUGGGAGGUAAGAAAGAUGUUGCAUUUUCUCAGGACUCUCCAAGGCCAGUUGAAAAGUCAUACUGAAAAGGGUACAAACAGCUGUCUGCAGUUUUACCAAUCCUGUGAUUAUGGUUACAAUAUGUUGUACCUGGAUAUUCCCAGAUUUAAAUUUGGCAGUGAAGGCUGGCUGCUUAGCUCAGUUGGUUGGAGCAUGGUGCUGAUAACACCACGGUCCAGUGUUUGAUCCUGGCCCGCAAUAAAUAAAUAAACAAACAAACAAAUAAAUAAAUAUUUGGCAAUGAAAAUUCCACAGAUAUCUCUGAUAACUUUGAGCUCCAGAUACCUUAAAAAUAAUAGAUUGAUGAUUUCCUUUAUUUCCUAGAAGAAUUUAUUUUAUAAAUACUUUGUUUACAUUUUAGAUUGUAUUUGUCUUUAAUUUAAAAUGAUGAAUCUAGUUUGAAUCAGCUGUUAUUCGAAGCUAUCAUGCUUAAGCCAUGUCAACAGCAUUUAUUUGUACUAAUGCUAAUAUUUCCAUCAAAAUUUGCUUGUGGAACAUAUGCAGUUUUUAAUUUUAAAAUGUCAGUUCUUGAGAUAUACUGUAUGAAGCUAUUGUCAGCUUCUCUAUUUCAAAAUGCAAUCAGCAUAUAACUAUAUUGAUAUUAGAAAAUACUUGUUUUUUAAAAAUAUAUUGAUGUAUGAUAAAGAUGAUCUAAUUUGUGAAUGCA